AUGUUUGCCAACUGCAGGACCCCUCCAUCCUCCGAGAGCCGGUCAGGCCACAAUCAAAGCGCGCCCCGCAAAAUACUCUACGCUUUCGAUCCUGCAGCCACCACGCCACCAUCCGAUUCAUUCAGCUUUAUAAGAUGGUCAAACAUCUCCCAAGAUGCAGAUUACAAACAUGCCAUUCCCAUCUACCCGCCUUCUUUACGAGUCCCAUGGCCAACAUCCCUCCCUACCUCCCUCCAGUCGCGACACUGGCAGACAGCCGAAAGGGCAGCGCAGGAAUACACAGAGACAAUCCUCCCCAGGAACCCCCAACAAGCAACACCCCAAACAAGAAUUGACACCAUGAUCGACACGGCAGUAUCCUACGCCGCAAACCUUACCCCACUGAGCAACCCAAACCGACUACACCUCCUCACCAAGACCUUCCUCCUACUCUUCCUGCACGAUGACGCAGUCGACACAGGAGAUCACUCCAGCACCACUGUAAUCCCCACAGCCCACAAGCCCUUCACAACUCUACACCCCGCCUACGAUACUCUCUCACGAAACCUCCUCACCGAAGACCCCAUCCAAGGUCAACACCUCCUAAAGGAGAUAGCAUCAUGGGCGUCCCUCUCCCAACAAACCCACCCCACCCAUAAGACCUUCAACAACCUAGACGAAUACCUCAUCCACGGUCUACCCGACUUCGGCGCCUCCCUCAUCCUCCGCAUGGUCGAGUUCUCCCUCCCCGCCCCCCUCACACCGCAGGACAAGCAACCCCUUCAAUCCCUGGAAUCUCUCUGCGCGAAACACCUCCUCCUCACCAACGACCUAUACUCCUAUCCCAAAGAAGCGAUGGCAGAACCGGAGACGGUACUCAAUGCCGUCCAGGUCAUCCAGGACUUGAUGAAUGUGUCCACAUCAUCGGCCACCUCCAUUCUUCGUCUUCUGAUCCGCGACCUGGAAGCUCAGAUGGAUGCAGAAUACACCCGCUUGGAACAGGUGCAACUGCCUGCACUCCCGCAGUUAACCUAUGCCCGAGCGAUGAUUGUUGCGGCCGCAGGAAAUAUGUUCUUUUCCGCGACUUGUCCCCGGUAUGCCCGCGUGGUGGAGGGGUCGAGGUUAUUGUGAAUGUUCAGGUGUGUUUGUAGAGAUCUAGCGUUGUAAGUGUAGUGUAGAUUGCCGUAAUUCAAUAAUGUAACCAAGGUAGGCGCUUUUCUCUCUUUUUAACACUCCGACUGGCAUCAUCCGUUCUAUACAGGCCUCCUCAACCACGACC